ACCUUACAUGUGCUUUUCUCCUCGGUUUCCUUUCACUUUGCCGAUAAUUGACUGCUUCGUGGCAGAAUUAUCGCUACUAUUUGAUAUAAACUGUGCACCAUAUGAAACUAAUCUCAAUAUUGCGGAGAUUAGCAAUACUAAAUUGUGACAUUUUGCAAAAUAACAUAAAAAAGGAGUGUAAAGAGGUUGCAACAGUCAGGACAUUUUACAUCAGCUCUUCUGCAGAACAGUGGGGCAAGAAUAAAAAACAUAGAAAUAUUAAAUUGAAUCUAUACUUCGACGCAAUGGCAGAUCCUCAAAUUGAAGAAGUUUUAGCCCCUUUAAGAGCCACUGUGAAAGAACAAGGAGACCUAGUACGUAAACUAAAAGCUGAUGGUGCUCCUGUCUUAGAUGUCAAAAAGGCUGUAGUUGAGUUACAAGCUAGGAAAAAGCUUCUAGAAGAUAAAGAGUUAAGCUUAGCACCUAACAAGACAUUUGAUAGAGCGAAAAUGGAAGAUCUCCUUAAACGAAGAUUCUUUUUUGAUCAGAGUUUCGCCAUAUAUGGAGGUAUAACUGGACAGUUUGAUUUCGGACCAAUGGGCUGUGCAUUUAAGGCAAACUUAUUGCAGACCUGGCGGCAAUUUUUUGUCUUGGAGGAACAGAUGUUGGAAGUAGAUUGUUCUAUUUUGACACCAGAACCUGUUCUCAAAGCCUCUGGACAUGUAGAUAGAUUUGCUGACCUCAUGGUUAAGGAUACAAAAACCGGAGAAUGCUUUAGGCUAGAUCAUUUAAUCAAAGCACAUUUAGAAAAGAUUUCAGCUGAUAAGAAAACUUCUGCUGCGACAAGGGAGGAAUGUCAAGAUAUUGUCAUCAAGUUGGACGGAAUGAAUAAAGAUGAAAUGGGUGCUGUAAUGAAAAAAUUCGACAUGAAGAGCCCUCUUACUGGAAAUGCCCUAACUGAACCUAUGGAGUUCAAUCUAAUGUUUGCAACUCAGAUAGGGCCAUCUGGUUUAAUUAAAGGAUUUUUGCGGCCUGAAACAGCUCAGGGCAUCUUUGUCAAUUUUAAACGUCUUCUAGAGUUCAACCAAGGAAAACUACCAUUUGCUGCAGCUCAAAUAGGUAAUGCAUUUAGAAAUGAAAUAUCUCCACGAUCUGGCCUCAUAAGAGUUAGGGAAUUUACAAUGGCUGAAAUUGAACAUUUUUGCGACCCUAAUGAUAAAGCUCAUCCCAAGUUCGAUAAUGUUCGAGACACACAACUGUUACUGUACUCAGCUUGUAAUCAGAUGGAUGGAAAACCAGCCGAAAGAAUAACUAUUGGUGUGGCUGUUGAUUCGGGCCUGGUGGCAAAUCAAACUUUGGGAUACUUUAUGGCUCGAAUUCAACAGUUUUUAGUAAAAUCUGGAGUUGAUCCAGCAAGAUUAAGAUUCAGACAACAUAUGGCAAAUGAAAUGGCGCACUACGCAUGCGAUUGUUGGGAUGCUGAAUGUUUAACCAGUUAUGGAUGGAUAGAAUGUGUCGGAUGUGCGGACCGAUCUGCCUAUGAUCUUACACAGCACACAAACGCCACUGGGGUCCGAUUAGCGGCAGAGAAAAAGUUACCAGAACCAAAAAUAGUCGAUGUAGUCGAAGCACAAUCAAAUAAGGGAUUAUUAGGAAAAACCUUUAAGAAGGAUGCCAAGACAAUCACGGAUGCUUUGGCAGCUUUAAAAAUCGGUGAUGUUGAAGAACUAGAGAGCAAAUUGGAAAGUACUGGAUCUUAUGAGUUGGCAGUGAAAGACAAAAACUACACUCUUUCGAAAGAUAUGGUAUCCGUGAAAAGAUAUCAAAAUACAAUACAUGUUGAAGAAAUUAUUCCCAGUGUUAUUGAACCAUCCUUUGGUGUUGGUAGAGUAAUGUACGCCAUCUUCGAGCAUAAUUUCAAACAACGCGAGAACGAUGAACAGAGAACAUAUCUGUCAUUACCAGCGAUUGUGGCACCGUUAAAAUGUAGCGUCCUGCCGCUAAGUUCCAACCAAGAGUUUAUUCUCUUCAUUAAGAGAAUAUCUACAGAACUUACAAAAGUAGAUGUAUCUCACAAAGUAGACGAUAGUUCUGGAUCGAUAGGGCGCAGGUAUGCCAGAACUGAUGAAAUCGCCAUACCCUAUGGGAUUACCAUUGAUUUCGAUACCCUAAAGGAACCGCAUACUGUUACUUUACGAGAAAGGGAUUCAAUGGGACAAGUUAGGAUACCGCUCGAUGACAUCGCACAAGUUGUUCACAAUUUGUCAUACAGCAAGCAGAGUUGGGAAGAUAUCGAAAACAAGUAUCCCAAAUUCGAACAACAGGAGAGUAAAGCGGUAUAAAUAAAUAUUUAUUGGAAAUUUGAUAAAAAGUCGCAUUUUGUAAAUUUAAAAUACCUUUAUCUUAAGCUUAAAAACGUCAAGCUUGCAGCAAGUUAUUUAUUACUUUUUUUUAAUAAAUUUGAAAUAUAAGUCA